AGCAAGGCCUCCAGGAACUGACUUGCCAACAGCUGGACUUGAUCACCAGCUUGAGACAGAGCUCAUGCACUGCGUAGAAUAACAAGCAGACUUUGUUCCCUGGCUGUGCAAAGCGUUGUUUUCCAAGGGAUUGCCACAGCAGCAGAGAGAAAACCAGAGAUCACUACCUGGACCCUUGAGUCUCUGUAAAGAGCCAAAGUGUAAGAAACUGUGCUGCUGGGGAGUUUGCAGGAUGAUGGUGGCUCUCCAGGGACCUUGUUCACUGGUUCUCUUCCUUGCAGCAUUCCUGCCCCCACCACAACAUGCCCAGGACCCAGCUAUGGUACACUACAUCUACCAGCGCUUCCAAGUCUUGGAGCAAGGGCUGGAAAAAUGUACCCAAACCACAAGGGCAUACAUUCAAGAGUUCCAGGAAUUCUCAAAAAACAUAUCCAUCAUGCUGGGGAGGUGUCAGACCCACACCAGUGAAUAUAAGAGUGCAGUUGAUAACCUGGCACUAAGAGUAGAGCGUGCCCAGCGGGAGAUUGACUACCUGGAAUACCUCCGGGAAGCCGACAUAUGUAUUGAAUCAGAGGAGAAGACACUGGCUGAAAAGGUGCUUCAAGAAGCUGAAGAAGAAAAGAAGAUCCGAACUCUGUUGAAUGCAAGUUGUGACAACAUGUUGAUGAGUAUAAAGUCUCUGAAAAUAGUGAAGAAGAUUAUGGACCCAGAUGGCUCUUGGAUGAAAGAUGCUGGUGGUAACUCUGCAAAGGUGUAUAUAUUAAUUGGAUCCAGAAACAACACAGUUUGGGAAUUUGCAAACUUGCGGGCAUUCAUGGAAGACAGCACCAAGUCUGGCCCCCGGAAGCUAAUCUUACCACUUUCCUGGCAGGGAACAGGACAAGUGGUCUACAAAGGCUUUCUAUUUUUUCACAAUCAAGGAACUUCUAAUGAGAUAAUUAAAUAUAAUCUGCAGAAGAAGACUGUGGAGGAUCGAAUGCUUCUCCCAGGAGGGGCAGGCCGAGCACCCAUCUAUCAACACUCCCUAUCCACCUACAUUGACCUUGCUGUGGAUGAACACGGUCUCUGGGCCAUCCACUCAGGACCAGGUAUCCAAGGCCAUUUGGUUCUCACAAAAAUUGAGCCAGACACUUUGGGAGUAGAGCACUCAUGGGACACACCGUGCAGAAACCAGGAUGCAGAAGCUUCGUUCCUCCUAUGUGGAGUCCUCUAUGUGGUCUACAGUUCUGGGGGCCAGGGCCCUCACCGUGUCACCUGUGUCUAUGACCCACUGGGCACUGUUAGGGAGGAGCAUCUGCCUAAUUUGUUCUUCCCAAGGAGGCCAAGAAGUCACUCCAUGAUCCAUUACAACCCCAGAGAUAAGCAGCUGUAUGCCUGGAAUGAAGGCAAUCAGAUCAUCUACAAACUCCAGACAAAGAAAAGGCUGCCUCUGAAGUAAUGGAUGGGAGUUUGGAGGGAGAGCUGUGUGGUUGGGGCCACGGUUCUUCCAGGAUACUGAGGCCACAACCCCUUUACAGUGUAGUAUCCCUCUAGAAAUACACAGGGAUAGCAUCUAAAAGUUUAAAUACAUAUUAUUCCUUUG